AGACGCUGAACAUGGGCAACAGCUUCUCCAACAUCGCGGCCUUCCAGUCCCUGCACAUCGUGAUGCUGGGGCUGGACUCCGCCGGGAAGACCACCGUCCUCUACCGACUCAAAUUCAACGAGUUCGUCAACACGGUCCCGACGAUCGGCUUCAACACCGAGAAGAUCAAGCUGAGCAACGGCACCGCCAAGGGCAUCAGCUGCCACUUCUGGGACGUGGGGGGCCAGGAGAAGCUGAGGCCCCUGUGGAAGUCCUACAGCCGCUGCACCGACGGCAUCAUCUACGUGGUGGACUCCGUGGACGUGGACCGGCUGGAGGAGGCCAAGACGGAGCUGCACAAAGUCACCAAGUUCGCAGAGAACCAGGGGACGCCGCUGCUGGUCAUCGCCAACAAGCAGGACCUGCCCAAGUCUCUGCCGGUGGCGGACAUCGAGAAGCAGCUGGCCCUGCACGAGCUCGCCCCCGCCACCACCUACCACAUCCAGCCGGCGUGCGCCAUCAUCGGCGAGGGGCUGCACGAGGGCAUGGACAAGCUGUACGAGAUGAUCCUGAAGAGGAGGAAAUCCCUGAAGCAGAAGAAGAAGCGGUAACGUUUGGAUUAAAGCUGUUUGAUGCUGUGAAUCUGCUCGAGCUAACACAUGAGAACCAAAAAGACUCAAGCGUUGAAGUGAUGCAGGAACAGCUGGCCUGUUCUCUGCUGCUGCAUCACGUCUUUACUCUCAUCCACUGGACAUGAAACCGUGGAGACACACGUUUGAUUUUGCACGUGGCUGCGGUCACUGAGUUCCUCUGGGGUCGGUGGCGUCGUGGAGACGUUUGUCCUCCCGGAGCGUUGAAGUAGCCUUUUCUCUGCGUGCUGGACACAGUGUGCUACACUUUGCACUUUUCAUUUCCUGACAGAGAAGUUCACCGUACGAACAGAGAUCCAGAUUUAUGUACAAGGAAAACAGAAGUGAAGUAUUUUUUGAAUAUUAAAACGGUUAAAAUCCA